CGGGCCGCCAGUACCAUACUUCUCAACAAUUUCUCACUUCUGUUGAACUUAUAUACCUUAGGUACCUCUUAAAAUAUCGCUCACCUCAAUUACACCGAAGGUUAUUGGGCCUAGACCUACUGAGCUAAAGCUUGACAUUUAGGUACACUUAGCGAAUGCUUUGUCUUUCAAAAUCACCAACGACAUUAAAGAUUAAAGUGUUUACGACGUGCGCUAUUAGCUUGGCGUCAUGGGGUCCGUCGAGCAAGGGUCAUCAGUAGUGGAAUCCAGCAACGAUGAAGCUGUCAUCAAAUCCCAUAUCGAACAGCUCACCGCAGCACAAUUACCCAAUUCAGCCAUCUACAAUUUCCUACUUUCCGAUGUACAGAUCCGUCACGCCUCAAAAGGGUCAAUGACUGCGCGUUUGACGCUCACCCGGAACCAUAUCAACUCGGGCGGUGGCAUCCACGGCGCUGUCUCUGCUGCUAUCGUUGAUUGGGCUGGCGGCAUGGCAAUCGCUACAUGGGAUUUACGUCGCCGCACUGGCGUCUCAGUUGAUAUUCACGUCACGUAUCUAUCGUCUGCCGCGGAGGGCGAUGAGAUCGAGAUCACUGCUACAGCCGAUAGGGUUGGUGGCACCCUAGCAUUUACUCGCGUCGUCAUAUACAAGGUCGUCGAUGGCGAAGCCGGCCCGGUCAUUGCGAACGGUUCGCAUACGAAGUAUGCUAAGCAGCGGUAGUAAUGUCAGUUGCUGUACCGUGAGGCUUGUAUUUCAAAUAUUUUUCUUACCUCUAGGCUUAGAAAGGAGUCUAUACCUAUAUCGCGCUGUUUGAACAUGAUACCGAAACGCAGUUAUUGACUAAGACAAAGGAUCAGUCUAGUCAAGGCUGAGUAUGCGGAGAACCUAGAUCUGAGACCAUAGAUGCCCACUAACUUUCAGGAGCAAGCAUGAUGUCUGCCGCGUGUCGUUUAGGACAAGGGUCUAGCUUAGAACUUCUGAAUAGAGGCUCCGCGGUAUAAAAACGGGACAAGAUCCCACCAUCGGUAAUAUUCAUACCACAAUGUUACCCUUGGUUCACGUUGACAUUAAUGCGAAUGGUUCAACUACCUAAUAUAUUAUAUAUUAGUCGGUUAUUAAUCCUCCUAUCUCUUCCAAUUAAUUCCUUCUGCAAUGAAUGAUAUUCAACCAGGUGCUCACCCCUUUCAAGACAUUGCC